GAGAACUUUCCCACGGCUGGGUGGCCAGUGACUCCACCACGGUCCAAUCACAGGCUUUCUUCCUUCCUUUCCCAUUUCUUCUGUUUUUAGAUCUCAAAACAGGAUGGAGAAAAUAAAAUAGAGAGCCAUGGUUUAGAUCCCUUCGUUCUUCUAGCUCGUUCCCCCCUUUCCCGUCCCUUUUUUUCUUCAAUCUCGUUCCUUCUUUUUGCUCCCUUUAUCCAUCCAAAGAUCGCUCUUUUGCCUCUUUAUCCGCUUCUUCUCCUCGAAAGAUGGCUCUUUUGCCUCUUUUCUACUCGAUCUCUGUUCCUUUACGCUGAUCGAAAACUCUCUGCUGGUGGGAGGUCCAGGGUGUUACAGGGGUCUGCGGUCGCGUUCUCCAUAGCAAUUUCUACAAGCCUCUCGUCAUAGAUACUCUUGAUUUCUCGCUUGGUCCGGGCUCGACUCGUUUGGAUUCCAUAUGGGUUGGCUUCCACUCCCUUUGAUUCUUCUUGAAUUGGGGCGCCGGAUCUGAUGGCUAUGGCGAGCUUUAGGGUCCAUCUUUUGGGCUUGAAGUUUCGAUUUCGCUGGUUGUUGUUGGUGUUCGAAUCUAUUGAUGGUUGAGUCUCUUUGCUUGUUUUUGGGAGAAAGAAGUGUUCUUGAAUUGGAAUAUUCUCAUCAAGCUCUCUCCUUUGGAUUCUCCCUAGUUUUGGAGGGGUGGGUAUCUGUUCCGAUUCCUUUGGCAAAACAAUACAACUCCGUCCGUCCCUUCUGCUGGAUUUGCCCUCUGUUUGCUCAACUAUCCGAAAAAUAGCAGUUCGAGUUUCGAAAGACCUGGAAAUGGUGACGAGCUCCUGGAUGGAAGUUCUCGCUCAAACGACCCCGUACUUCCCCAACUCAAGUUGGCUUCUUGGCCCGAAGAGGAGCGGGAAUUGGACCCAAGAGGAGAACAAGCUCUUCGAGGAUGCCCUGGCGCACUUCGACGGGGACACCCCUGACCGAUGGGAGAUGGUGGCGGCCAUGAUCCCGGGGAAGUCGGUGCAGGAUAUCAUAUCCCAUUACAAGGAUUUGGAGGAGGACGUGAGCCACAUAGAAGCUGGGCUAAUCCCAUUCCCCGGCUACAGCUCUUCGUCUUUUACGCUAGAUUGGGAGAACAGCCAUAGGUAUGAAGGGUCGAAGCCAUCCUACUUUGUGGGUGCAAAGAGGUUAGGAGGGAGGCCAGAUCAGGAGAGGAAGAAGGGAGUCCCGUGGACUGAAGAGGAGCACAAGCUAUUUCUACUGGGUCUCCAGAAAUAUGGGAAAGGGGAUUGGAGAAACAUAUCACGGAAUUUUGUCCACACCAGGACACCUACGCAAGUGGCUAGCCAUGCGCAGAAGUAUUUCAUCAGGCUCAAUUCAGGUGGAAGAGAUAAGAGGAGGUCCAGCAUCCAUGACAUCACCACCGUCAGCUUGCCGAACAAUGGGCCUCCCUCGCCAUCUCAGUCGUCCCUGCUUUCGCUGCAAUCGAGUUCGGCUGCUAACACUGCAACCUCCGACCAGUUCUCGGUGAUAGGCGAUUCCAAUCAGCCUAAUGAAGCAGCUAGUGUCUUUAGCCCAUCGUCGCAUGGUAAUCAGUUUAUGCAGCCACCUCAUGAAGUUACUUCAUAUGGGAUGAAAUUAUCAGCUCAAAAUUCUCAAAGAGGCAAUCUUCGAGAAUUUUCCAUUCUAAGGUACAGAGCUCAAGAAUGUUCGAGCAACAAGGCAUUAGCUUGAAACUUGAUGUCGUUUGGUGGUCUUAGCUUAGACUGCUCCAUGCUUGUGCUGGUUGAGUGCCCCGGUUCCAAGAGAUCCGCAAAGGAGCAAUAAUGGUCGCCUUUCCUGUUCAGGUGCCGGCCAGAAGAAGCUAGUUUUCAAAUUUGUGGAGAGUGUGCAUACUCCAUGGUAUGAUUCUUGAGGUAUGAACUGAAGGCCCGAGUCAGCUUGCUUGAUCUCUGUGUAAGCUGUUGUGAUGUAAAGAUCCAUGGACACAUUAUUACUUAAUAUCUGUCCAUGUUGCUAUUUCUUAUUUCAUCUGUUCGUAUGUAUGUGCAGCGGUCAUGGCUGGUUGACCUCUGCCUCAUUUCCAUGUAGUUUCAGAUUUGUGCAAUGUAUUCCUUUCCUUGGCUCUCUUGUACGUAAAAUACGAGAUAAUCAUAAAUGUGUUUUCUGGUAAA